AUGGUGCUGAGGGAGCUUCCGGCGGAGCAGGCGGCGCGCUCCCUGGGCAGGAACGAGGUGCUCGGGCUCCUCUUCCGCCUCACCGUCUUCGGCGCCGUGGCCUACUUCACCGUCAAGUGGAUGGUGGACGCCGUGGACCCCACGCGCAAGCAAAAGGUGGAGGCGCAGAAACAGGCGGAGAAGCUGAUGCGGCGGAUCGGCGUCAAAGACGUCAAGCUGUCCGAGUACGAGAUGAGCAUCGCCGCUAACCUGGUGGACCCUCUCGGCAUGCAGAUGUCGUGGCGCGACAUCGGCGGUCUGGACGACGUCAUCGCCGAGCUCCGGGAGACGGUCAUCAUGCCGGUCCAAAAGCGACACCUCUUCCAAACGUCCAGACUGCUGCAGCCCCCCAAAGGGGUGCUGCUGUACGGGCCGCCGGGCUGCGGGAAGACGCUGAUCGCCAAGGCCACGGCCAAGGAGGCGGGCUUCCGCUUCAUCAACCUGCAGCCCAGCACCUUGACGGACAAGUGGUACGGCGAAUCGCAAAAGCUGGCCGCCGCCGUCUUCUCUCUGGCCGUCAAACUGCAGCCCGCCGUCAUCUUCAUCGACGAAAUCGACUCCUUCCUGAGGAAUCGCUCCAGCUCGGACCACGAGGCCACGGCCAUGAUGAAGGCGCAGUUCAUGAGUCUCUGGGACGGCCUGGACACGGACCACCGCUGCCAGGUCAUCAUCAUGGGCGCCACUAACCGGCCGCAGGACCUGGACUCGGCCAUCUUGAGGAGGAUGCCCACCAGGUUCCACAUCAAGCAGCCGGGUUUGCAUCAGCGCGAACAAAUCCUUCAACUCAUCUUGGAAAACGAGAACGUGGACGAGUCGGUGGAGCUUUCGGAACUGGCCCGGGAAACGGAAGGCUUUUCGGGGAGCGACCUUCGGGAGAUGUGCCGCGACGGCGCCCUGUCCUGCGUCCGGGACUUUGUGCGCGGCGCGGACCUCGGGUCAGUCCCGAGCGAGGAUUCCAUCCGUCCCAUCGGCGCGCGCGACCUUCAGCGGGCCGUCGCCAAGAUGAAGAAAUCCAAGACGGCGGGAGGUCACGGCGCGCUGUUGCACGCGGCUCUGGACUGA